ACAGCGAUGAAAUACAUAGAGGUUUUCCCAACAAUUACUUGUCCUUCGGAUAAACCAUGGAUAACAUACUACGACGGUUUCUCAGUGAAUAUCAACGAAACUCUAAAACGCCUUCACUUUCAAAACAUGGAACUUCAGUGUUGGUUCCGGUCUCUGAAGUAUCAUAAAGAAUUGGGCUAUGUACCAGGACUGCGGACUGGGCCUUUCUCUUCUUCUCUUACUGUAAACGGAAGACCUGAUUUUGUAGAAGUCGAAUGUUACAACAGCAGUAGGAACCUAAUAUCAAAAGCACACCAUUAUAUCGUUCGCAACACAGCUGGACAACGAAAUGAACAGGGGGAAAUGAAACUGCAUUAUAAAACAAAAAAGAGACAAAUGAAUGUUUUGAUGGUGGGUAUGGACUCUGUUUCUAGUCAUAUGUUCAAACGCGCGAUGCCUAAAACACGAAAAUUUUUGGUUUCGAAUUUGGGUGCAUUCGAAAUGAAAAUGCAUACUGUCGUUGGUGAUGCGACUAUACCAAACCGUAUAGCAAUGCUCACUGGGAAGAGUAGGACAGAAAUACCAAAUUGGGAUAAAGGGAUUAAUUACAACACGGUCUCAUUUAUUUGGGAGAAAUUCAAGUCGAAUGGAUACAGAACUCAGUAUGCUUCAGAUCGGUUCGAUUUUGACAAUUUUAAACAGCCGCCGACUGACAGCUAUAACUUGCCAAUGGCCUAUGCCUUGAUGCCCAAAAUGGAUGCGCUUGCUUUUAACAAUGAGUGCUUUGGAGAUCAAGUGGAAGUGAAUCUGUGGCUGAAUUUUAUCAAAGAGUUUAUAUUAGACGCCAGAUCAAAGUCGGAACAUUUUUUCUCCUUUUCAAUGUUCAGUCGUCCAACUCAUGAUAAUGCUAACAAGGCGACAUCUGUUGAUGAACAUUAUGAGAACUUUUUAAAAGGUGUAUUUGAACAGUCUGGUUUGGAAGACACAUUUCUUAUAUUCUUCGGUGACCACGGUGCCAGAUCUACAGAGUACAGGAAGACUUUUGAUGGAAGUAUUGAAGAACGUGCACCAAAUAUGGUCAUUUAUAUACCACCACGAUUUCGGAAUGCGCAUAUAAAUCUGUAUAACAAUCUUGUUACGAACAUGAACAGACUGACGACAAAUUUCGAUAUCUACCAAACCCUGCAAGAUAUCGCCGACAGUCGCUUCCAAGAAAAAAUCAACGUCAGUAAAGUGUCUCGUGGGAUAAGUCUCUUCUCGGAGAUCCCUGCGUCUCGACAGUGCGAAGAUGCCGGGAUACUGGUUCAUCAUUGCUUAUGUUACGGUGGCAUAUCCAUUGCAGAUGUCACUACAAUGAGACGAGUGGGGAGAGUCGUAGUUGUAGACAUCAACUCCCUCACAAAACAACGCCGGGACUCCUGUGAUAUCAUGAAGUUGAAAACAGUUGACAACCUAAUUCUGCUCAAAGGUCGGGUAGGUGGAAAACAAGGCUUCUACCGUGUCAUGAUUACGACAGAACCUGGUGACGCCAAGUUUGAAGCCACGGUCAGUUAUUCAGCCCGUCAUUUUCCUUUCAGAAGAAUUACUCUAAGAACAGAGGGGCUUAUAAGCCGUAUUAACGUGUACAGGGGUCAGUCUGACUGCGUACAGCACAAUGACCAGUUGAGAAUGUAUUGCCAUUGUAAGGACCGCUAAAGAAAAACACGGAAAUUCGAUUGAAAUAAGAUUGUUAUAAGCUGAUGUCUCUGCUGCUUCUUCAUUUUUUUUCAGCAGGUGCUUCAGUUCUUACCGUUAUCAAGCGCGAUUCCCGCUUUCUCUUGCUCUUGUCCCCCCCCUCCCCCACCUCUUGCUCCCCCCUUUAAUAAACCCAACUUAUUUAAACUCUUAGUCCUGCUCAAUGUACAUGUACGUGUAUUUGUUUUUCUCUUUCAAUGUUUUUGCUUCCGCCGAGGAAUUGUCGGAUACGUGUAAACUAAAUUGAGAACUUAUUAUUUAUUAAACUACAUGUACUUGUAUCAAGAUUUAUUACAUUGAUCAGAACUCCACUUAUAUUAUUGUAUGCUGUUCGUUUGUAUGUGUGUUUCUUUAUGUGUGUGUGUGUGUGUGUGUGUGUGUGUGUGUGUGUGUGUGUGUGUGUGUGUGUGUGUGUGUGUGUGUGUGUGUGUGUGUGUGUGUGUGUGUGUGUGUGUGUGCAAUGCUUUUAGAGGGGAGGAAAUCCCCAAAAUCGUUGGAUUCCUGUCCAGGUUUAUUUGGAAUCAAUGUAUGCUUUUCCACAAACAAUAAAACUAUUAUGUGCCUUU